GCUGAUCGCUGCACCUCCUCAACCAUCCAUCCCACUCAUUUAUUCUCUUCUUCAUGAAUCUGACCUGUUCUCCUUUCUUUUCUUUGUCUCCUUUCUUGUCUUCUUUCUCCUCUCUCCUACCCAGAUCCAUGGAUUCACAUCACUGCUUAUCCAUGGAAGGCUACGUGCAGGAGUUCAUCUGAUUGUCCGAACCAGCGGAUUGCCCCAACUUCUGACCCUCUUCUCCUUCUCCUUCUCCUUCUCCUUCUCCUUCUCCUUCUUCCUCUUUUCUUCUAUCUUUCUGACUUCCUCUCUCUCCCUCCUCAUCCUAUUCUCAGCCUUGUUGUCGUCCAAAACCAUGAGCAACACAGUCUCCGACCCUCCCAAUAAUACCCCCAAACCUACCGCUCGCAAAAAGAUCCGUCCAACCUAUUCUUGCCUGAGUUGCCAUAAACGCAAAGUCAAGUGCGACCGCGUCAAACCAUGUGGUGCCUGUUGUCUUCGAGGCACUCCAUCCGAAUGCGAAUACGGCACUAGCAAACGGGACCGUCACUUUAUCCACCAGUCGACUCGGAUUGAAAAUCUCGUGCGCACAUGCGAAUCCUUGAAACAGCAACUCGCAGAGGCCCGUCGCCUGGCCAGUUUACCCGCGACCAAGGACGACGACGACGAGGAGGAGGAGGAGGAGGAAGGAGAACUACCCCAUCGCCCAUACCCGAUCGCAGAGAGCAGCGAUGACGAGAUCGAGAACGAGGACGAGGUGUUCGACCAACCCUCCGUCUCCUCCUCGUCCCCUUCGUCCUCAAUGUCAGCCGGUUCGCAGACUCGCUCGGUGAACGCCAUACGGGACAGACAACCGCGCAAAUCGAGUACGUACGACCUGUCAAGCCAGAAAUCCACCGCUCUUGUUUCACACCCUGCUUUUCCGAGAUCUCCAUUGCAUGAUAAGGCUCGACUGACAGACCCAGCGCUGUCCAAUGCCGUGAUCGAGCUCUUUGUGGACCGGCUCAUCGACAACUUUAGCCCGCGUAAUAUUCCCGGCACCAUUGCGCUUCGGGAAGCCUCCUCGAUGCGAGUUUUCUCGCCCUUGCUGUGUAAGGCAUUCGAAGCCGCCUCGUUGACCUUUGCUGGCCGGCACGAUGGCAAUCGCUACGUCGAGUUGGCCGGUCAUACCCGUUACGUCCGCAUGCUUCGAAUGUUGCAAAACUCCUUGCAGGAUGGGGAGGGCCGCAACUCUACCGAAGUUCUCGUCGUCGUUCUCCUUUCCACCAUUAUCGAGGCGUUCAAACAAACGUCUCAAGACUCGAUUCUCAAACACCAGUUGGGGGGACUAGAACUUCUCAAGGCAAGGUCCCCUUACCGUCAUCGUCAUGGGAUUGAGCGGUCGCUCUUUGUGGAUCUCCGCCUAUACUGGGUCACGGCAGCGCUAGCGCACCGGCAGCCGACGUUCAUGGCGAGUAAAGAGUGGCUCACCGUUCCCUGGCCCACCGAAGCCCCGGCCAAAGACAUCCUCCACCGUCUACUCGACGUCGCCGUGCAUAUCCCCGGUUACCUCGCGCAGGUCGACGAAUUAUCCGCCCGGCUCCGAAGCUACGACGGCAAUCAAGGCGCCAUGUCCCCGGGCGAGCUCGACCUGCUACAAUCGGCCGUCUGGGGGCGCGCAACAGAACUGCAAUCCCAGCUCCACAUAUGGAAGAGCGUCUACGCCGACCGGUACUGCCCCGGCGCACCAUGGGAAGACAUGGCAGAAGCCACGGCGGCAGCACCGGCUCUCGCGCAGGAUUUCCCCGUCUUCCGAUGUCGCAACGCAAGCACGAUGCAAGUCUUCGUCCCCAAAUCCUUGGUGUUCCCGGACCUCCUCCACGCGACCUCUCUCACGUUCUACUGGGCGCUCUUCCUCGUGAUCUCCCCCCGCGACACCGGCCUCGUCACUGUUCUGGGUCUCCCGGAACGAUACCAAUAUGCGUGCAAUAUCUGCCGUAGUAUGAAAUACUACGUGGAACAUAUCCCCGGCUCGCUCGUGUCGCGGAUCAUGUUUGUUCUCCGGGCGGCUUUUGACGCCUUUGCCGAUGAUACCCUGGAGAAGGAGUUUAUUUCGCAAUUGUUUUCCUUUAUCGGGCGCAAGUUCCAGUUUCCGGUCUUCACCAACAAAUGCACUUCUUCCUCGGUGCGAAGCUCAUAAUAUAUCGUCUCUGAAUCAUUCCUCGCACACCUUGAUGAUACCGACGACUCUUUCUAGUGGAUCGAUUCACCGUCAGCUGGCUGGCGAUCUUAUACCCUAUGAUAAUGAUGGCUUACGACUUGCUCUGUAUUCUUUCGCUGUUGAUCUGUGGGACUGAUACCUCUUUUUUUUUUUUUUAAUUAUAAUUCCGAUCGAGCAGAGUGAACUACCACGAC